UUUUUUAAACUUCAAUAAAUUCAAUUUCACUUUCUACAGUUUGUGGUGUGAGAAAAUAGAUUUUUUGUUACGAAAAUUAGAUUUCACAAAUCAAAUUUGUAUAUAUGUUGACAAAAGAGUUCGCAGCGUAUUGAUAAUCUUAAUCGCAGAAAUGGCAGGCACAAGACGUGUCCGCAAUCAGGCAAACUCGGUGCCAAUACCGCGUCAGAACUCAGUGUCUGAGAAUGGGAGGACUCGUCAGUACCUAAGCCCUGAAGCUUUAGCGGCAAUGAAUAAGGAACAGCUACGCGCAGAGUGCAGGAAAAGGGGCCAGCGUGCGACGGGCAACAAAAACGAGCUGCUCGCCCGUCUCGGGUACUACAAGCUGGCGGCGGCUGUGCAAGCAGACACUGAGCAGCGCACGCGCAACGGACUUCACCACCCUCAACCUAUCAAGGAGAUCAGAAGCAGAAGUGCUAUAACUACGAUGGAUACUGACAGCCUGGUGCUAUGGAGGCGGCCGAUCACCACGCUCGAGUAUUUCUUCAGGGAGCUGUUUAUAUUAAUGAACACUGCACUCCAUAGAUUGUUAGCGUACAAAUUGCUGGCGUUGAGUAUAUUGGUAGGUUUAAGCGGCACAGCUGUGUCAUAUUACGUAAGUGGGCCGCACCAGCCGUACAUACACUUGUUGGUGUCGACGCUGGCGUGGUGGGGCUGGUGGGUGGUGCUGGGCGUGUGCAGCUCGGUGGGGCUCGGCACGGGGCUGCACACGUUCCUGCUGUACCUCGGGCCGCACAUCGCGCGCGUCACGCUCGCCGCGUACGAGUGCGGCGCGCUCAACUUCCCCGAGCCGCCCUACCCCAACGACAUAAUAUGUCCCACGGACGUAGACCCGAGCAGCGCGGUGUCGAUAUGGAGCAUCAUGUCGAAGGUGCGCGUGGAGUCGAUGCUGUGGGGCGCGGGCACGGCGCUGGGCGAGCUGCCGCCGUACUUCAUGGCGCGCGCGGCGCGGCUGUCCGGCGGGGGGGUGGCAGAGCUGAAUGCUAAUGAUGAUUCUAGAACUGGCAGAGCGAAAAUAAUGGUGCAAAAGCUGGUGCAGCGUGUCGGUUUCGCCGGCAUCCUGGCCUGCGCCUCCGUCCCCAACCCGCUGUUCGACCUCGCCGGCCUCACGUGCGGACACUUCCUCGUGCCCUUCUGGACGUUCUUCGGCGCCACGGUCCUCGGCAAGGCGGUCAUCAAGAUGCACAUACAGAAGAUGUUUGUCAUCGUAGCAUUCAAUGAGACCUUGGUUGGACAAGUUUUAUCCUGGGUAGAGAGGAUACCGUACAUCGGUCCGAAACUCGAAGCACCGCUACUAGAAUUCCUGAGAAACCAAAAGGCGCGUCUACACAAGAACGACUCGUCGACACCGGACAAUCAAGGUUCCGUCCUAUCGAACCUUCUAGAGAAAUUCGUUCUGGCGAUGGUCGUGUACUUUAUAGUGUCGAUAAUAAACGCCUUAGCGCAGAACUACAGUAAGAGAGUCGGCAAAAAGAAGAGCAAGAAAAGAGAUUAGGGCUCGAUGACGCCGGGCGAUGCUUGCGGGGGAUUCGCGCGGCGACGGGCUACCACGGACAGGGCGCGUCGACGUCGGUAGUACACACAGCCCCACACUAUGGUCACACGGAAAGUUCAACGUUUACUCUAUGACUCUCGGUAACAGAGGGCGCUGGCGGGUCGCGCUCGGGAUGCGCACGCGCAAGUUAGGGGUGCUAAAUAAAACAGGGCCGGAUCUAGAAAUAAGAGGCGGGGGCUGUGACCCCCAAGCGAACAUUAGGGUCUGGUAUGAUUUGUGUGUGUUUCGUUUAAUUGCUUAGUUAUUAAUUAUGCCUCUGAAAAUACAGAUCUACCCGAAAAGACGUGUUUAAAAAAACAUUGCAUCUUGUAAUUUCAUGAAUUUGCGCGGCCUUUGUAAUAUACAACGGAGCAAUAAUGCAGCCGCUUUAUAAUAUAAAAAUGUGUUAAAUAGUUACCUUUAAUUAUAAACGUUGGGUCAAUAGUACAUACAUGACUUAGGAAUAGUGAUAUUUUCCAAUAAAUCUGUUUAGCCAAUAGAAUAUUAAUGUAUGGAUUUAUGGUGAUCUUGACUGGUGUAAUUUUGGGUUCGAGAGAACCGUACGAUUGUUUCCGAGACUUGUAGUUAAAUAAAAUCUAAGUCACUGUACUUAAUUUUAAAUGUAAGUUUUGUGGGAAAUAUCACUAUGACAUAAUCAGUGGCAAUUAAAAAUAAAAUUAAAUGCUUUUUGUUUUUAUGUCGCAUUAAUCACCAUAAGUAAUGAAAAUUUUAAACUAAAGAAUAUGAAUGUUAUAAAAAUAUCGAUAAAUUAUAUUUAAGUGAGAAACAGCUAUCGCCCGACCAAAUACGUCUUGCCUUUACGAUAAUGUAUAUAAAUUAGAUAUAAACAUAGAGUGACGUGACUUUCUUUCAUCGAUAACGUGUGGUAACAAAGGGCAUAUUUAAAACUGUGUUCUGAAUAUGAUAAGAGUAAAUAAGUAUCAUAGCAUAGAGCGCUCAAAGUUUAACGCAAUAUGGACUGGGCUUAGGGUACGAAUGUCGAUAUUUUACUAUCGAUGUCGAUAUUUCACUAUCGAUACUCAGAGUCUUUCUUUCAGUACCCUCUGCGGCGUAAGUCGUUAGCCAGUAUAGUAUAAGUGAAGCCAAAAUGUUGUAUUUUGACAGACAAAUCAUAAUUUAACCAAUUUUAAAUUUACCAAAUUAGCAUGUGAUUAUUUAUUCCAAAAAUGUUAAAUUUUUCUUUGGUGCUGUUCCUAUGAAAUUGUAGAUAUUUUUUUUUACAUCCCCUCCAUUAUUGUAAGUGUCAGUGACCUAGUCUGGAUGAAUUUGUAUAUUUAUGUUAAAUAUUUAAGCACAUUACUCGCUUCUAGUUCACGUUUUGUUAUCGAUAAUUUUUCUCGCAUUAUUAUAAUUGUUGGAUAAUUUAUUUAUUAUUGUAAUUAACUAUAUUUUUGUGCAGUUGUAAUAACAAGUUGGAUAUUCGUAGAAAAGAUUUAUGAAAGAGAUGUAAGUAUAAAAAGACUCCUCCAUAGAAAUUUAGGGAAUCCUAUCUUAAGUCGAUUGACUUUUAGUGCUGGCGUUUAUCUCUGUAUUAAUAAGAAAAAUGUCGUUACAAUCGUGAUCUAGCAUUUAUUAUUUUUAAUUAUUUGAUAUCAAGUAGACGCCAUGUUUGGGCCACUUAAACCCAGGGCACACUAAGUCACUAUAAUUGAAGCUAUGUCGUGCUAUCCCAGUGGGAUAUGUUAUCAGCCAGUGUAACUACUGUACAUAAUACUUAACAUCUCAUAUCUCAGGAUGGCGAAUCGCAGUGGAAUAUGAAACAAUACUUUGUAAUUCAAGUUGUUGGAUGGUGUUUCUACUGUUUAUGGGCGGUCGUAUCGCUUACCAUCAGGCGAACGGCAAGCUCAUCUCGUCAUUCAAAGAAAUAAAAAAAAAACAAUAUGUUACAAACAUCUAGAAAAGUCUAUCAUAAAUAAAAGGUGUAAUAUAUUACCAUACUUUUGAUUGUGCGUUGGGUUUAAUGCCAUCUUUAAUAACGCGUGGACGCGGUCCUUGAUUUUAUUAAAAAAAAAUAUAUAAACACGUAAAGGUAUAAAAAAACUAUUGUAUUUUGAACCGCAUCUACGUAGACUUUCCAUGGACAUUGGACAAUUCUCAAAUCUAUAUGCUUAAUAACUUAAUCGUGGUUCUUAGCAUAAGUCAUCGAUGCGAGCCGCGUUAUUUAUUGAGUAUAUAAAUCCAUAUUAUAAACAUAAAUCCAUAUAUUACAAAUAAGAAUUUAUAAAUGAAAGACAUUUUUAUUUCUAUAGCAUGUAUAGGGAUAUUAGUAUAGAAGUCCAGUAUUAAGGUGAAAUGGAAUGGUUUUCAUUGAUUUAUUAACAUUCAGUGACUUGCAUUCCUUUACGUCGGCGUUUCUAGAAUAUUAAUUGCUUAUGCAAUAGGAGUGCUCAGAUUAAACACAAAUAGAGUUUUAACUUGUUAGAUUCGAUUAGACGUUCUCUUCAAAAGGCACUUAGAAUCGUCGUUCAUCUAUAUUCGUGCGUCGCAUCGCCUCAUAAACAUUCAAAAACGGACUCUAAAUUAAAGUUACAAAACGCAAUUUCAUAUAAAAAUUUCUGACGAGCUAAUCAUAACCGAAAUUGUACUCAAUGUGACAUAGUUUAAAACCCACAAUUGAUUGCAUUAUGAGUUGAAGCGACAGCUAUCUAUAGCAAAGAUUAUAGUUGUGCGACGAGGCUUCAUAAUAGUCUCGAAACAUCAAUUAGAUUUUAAUGUAUGGGUGAAGCAUUUGACAGGUCAGGAUAAGACAUCCAUAAAUUUUAAGAAAUAAUUAUCUCAUGGCUGUGUCAUUGUCUCUUUCACAUUCAAAGUAAGAAUAGUUAGGCAUUACAAGUGUAAUUUUGUUCUAAAUAAAACAAUAUGUCUACGUUUACGGACUUACAUUCCACAGUCGUUCUAACCGGGAUGAAUGCAAGAAUUUUUGCAAUUCGUAGUCGAAAAUCAUGAUUUUAAUAUAAUGGGGUAGUUAAAUUAAAUCGGCAGCGUGUUUUGAUUUGCCGGGGUACAUAGGAUUGCGUAGUUUGGUAGAUUGUUUUUCGUAGUAAAUGAGUGCAGUUUUAUACAUUUUGUUAGAUCAUAUGGCUUAGUUCAGUGUUUGUUCCGAUGCGGCAGUUUGAUGGCGAUACAAUUUUUAGGCCAGAAUUUUUCGCUUAGUGAUAAAAAGUUAUAUAAUUAGUUAUUGUAAUCAGCUAUAUUAUCUAUGUGUCCGCAUCGGUAAUUUUAAAGUCUAACAGUGAAAUGUGAUUUUUCCUUUAUUAUAGAUGUGAAAAUGUUUACACAAGGAUUGUUUAUUUUCAAUGUUAUUAAUUUCCAAUGUGUGUCCUAAAUUAUAUAUAAUAUAAAAUGUAUCGUAGUCUGUACAGUCGUGUGGUGGUACGUUAGUACAAAAUAUGCUUAUAUAUUUUUUGUAAGUUUGAGGUCAUACACAAAGAGCAAUAAAUGAAUGUUCAUGGAA